GGCUUCCCUUGCCACGACCCAAGAUGGCCUCUGCCCUGAGCGCGCUGCGGGGCGGGGCUGGGGUCGCCUGGGCGCAUGCGCGGCUUGGCGGCGGCACGGCGGGGGCAGCGCCGGUAACGGACGCAGGAGUAACAAUGGAUUGGCCCCAACAAAGAUCUAGCAGGUGUUGGGAGAAGACAUCCCAUCUGAAAUGGAGGUGAUCUAGGGAGCCGAACAUUGAAUAUACCACCAUGGGGUUGCGGCUGUUGGCUUGUCUUUUUCAUUUGCCCAGUGCAGUGAUCUACGGGUCCCUGUCGCUAUUCGUUUCCAUUUUGCACAACGUAUUCCUCCUGUACUACGUGGACACCUUUGUCUCUGUUUACAAGAUUGAUAAACUGUCCUUUUGGAUAGGAGAGACUGUGUUUCUGAUCUGGAACAGCCUCAAUGACCCUCUGUUUGGCUGGCUGAGCGACCGGGUCUUCCUUAGCACGCAGCAGCCAGGAGCAGAGAUCUCUUCCCCAGAAGUAGUUCUGAAGAGACUCAGGGCACUAAGUCACAAUGGGCCCCUCUUUGCCAUCUCUUUCCUGGCGUUCUGGGUUGCCUGGGCUCAUCCUGGUUUGCAGUUCCUUCUCUGCCUUUGCCUCUACGACAGCUUUCUCACCAUGGUGGACCUCCAUCACAACGCCUUGCUUGCAGACCUGGCUGUUUCAGCAAAGGAUAGGACUAGCCUCAACUUCUACUGUGCCCUCUUCAGUGCCAUCGGCUCACUCUCUGUCUUCAUGUCCUAUGCAGUGUGGAACAAGGAAGACUUCUUUUCCUUUCGCAUAUUUUGCGUGGUGCUGGCCCUCUGCUCCAUCAUUGGUUUUACCCUGUCAACACAGCUGCUCCGCCAGCGGUUUGAGGUUGAUGGAAAAGCGAAAUGGGACCAGGAAUCAACACUGAAGGAGCUGUACAUUGAGAAAAACUCUGUCCCUCCGGAGAAGAGGAUUACCCUGGCAGAGUAUCUCCAGCAGCUCUCCAGACAUCGCAACUUCCUCUGGUUUGUCUGCAUGAACCUAGUCCAGGUUUUUCACUGCCACUUUAACAGCAACUUCUUCCCCCUAUUUCUGGAGCACCUGCUGUCAGACCAGAUCUCUGUCUCUACUGGAUCCUUCCUGCUAGGUGUCUCCUAUAUUGCCCCUCACCUCAACAACCUCUACUUUCUGUCCCUCUGUCGCCGUUGUGGGGUUUAUGCUGUGGUGCGAGGACUCUUCUGCCUGAAGUUGGCUCUCAGCGUUGCCAUGCUCCUUGCAGGACCCGAUCAGGUGUAUCUGCUCUGCAUCUUCAUUGCCAGCAACCGCGUGUUCACAGAAGGGACCUGUAAGUUGCUGAACCUGGUGGUCACUGACUUGGUGGAUGAGGAUCUAGUCCUGAACCGUAGGAAGCAGGCAGCCUCAGCGCUGCUGUUUGGGAUGGUUGCUCUGGUCACCAAACCGGGCCAGACCUUUGCCCCUCUGAUUGGCACCUGGCUGCUCUGUGCGUACACAGGCUACGACAUUUUCCAGCGCAACCCCUUGAGCAACGUGGUGAGCGCCCAGCCGAAGCUGGAGUCUGAUGCAGCCUGGGAGCCAGCUCUUCGCCAGGGCUGUUUUUACCUCCUCGUCUUCGUACCCAUCACGUGUGCAUUGCUGCAACUCCUCAGCUGGUCUCAAUUCAGCUUGCAUGGGAAGCGUCUGCAGAUGGUGAAGGCUCAGCGCCAAAGUCUGACUCAAGGCCGAGCUCCAGAGGUCAAAAUGAUCUAGGGAUGUGUGAGCCCAUGGGGGUGUUCCUGUUCUCAGGCUCCAGACUGAUGCAGGACUGCAGACUAGGCAAAGGGAUCACUGGCUGAGAAAAACCCAUGUUUACGAUUCAACUGUGAAAUGCCAUAAUGCCAAUGUUUACUCAUUCCAGGAGGUAGUUGCUGGGGAAGGCUGAGAAGCAUUCAGCAUGCACUGGGGCAGGGAGAGGUGGCUCUGCCCACAUGAGCAAGAACUUUUUAUCCUAGCCACUCUCCAGUCCCAAGGAGCAGAGAGCUGUUAAUCUUGGAGUGGGAGGCACCAGGUUGCAGCGUGGGAUGGAGAGCCACAGCCAGUGCCCUGCCCUGGGGAGCUGUAGCCUCUCUGGCUGAGCAGGAGGGGGACUGCACAGAGACUCCUUCCUUGCUAGAGCCCUGCAGCUUCAGGGAGUGGAGUAGGAGGCUCCUGAGGAACCAGGUGACCAAGAGGUGACUUCAGGACAGCAGGAGGAGCAGGGAUGGGAGCACCCUGAAGGCCUUUCCCAGUAGCUGGUACAACCCCUCCCACAGGGUGCUGCAGUUCUUGGACCAAAUUUGCUCUGAGUCUUUUCUUGUUCCUGGGAUAACAUCCUGUACAGCCAGGGUCUUCCAGCUGUUCUUGUUCUGUGCUGAGGCUCCCUCUUAGGUAGCCUCACAGAGAGAGUUGUUGCUGGGCUGGGAAAUGCAGUGGGCUUGAACUGGGCUCAGAGCCUAGAGCUGGAGCACCUUGUCUGGCAUCAUCUUGUCUGCAUUUACCCCAGUCUCCCUUCCACAGCCCCUUCCAGUCAGCACUGUCACACAUCUGUGCCUUGGGCACCCUCCCACAGUGGCUGGGGCUGUAGGGUCGAGGUCAGCAAACCAACUUUCAGCUGAGUGGAUGGAAGUGUGUCCCUGCCCCAGAGGGAGGGUAACAGGGCCAUCCCAGGUACCUGAGCAAGGCAGUGUAGUGCCUUCCCUUCUUGUGGGGGGAGCGGGGCCUAGAGGAGAUGCUGGUUCUUGCUCUUGUGCAUCUCAUUCCUCUUAGGAGCUUGUUUGAGACAAUCCAGAGCAGUUGAAUGCUUGAGGCUUUAUAUCCAUGUGGAGAGAGACAGAUGGACAGACACCUCAGCUCCUCCCUGUUUGAAGUGGUACCCCAGAGGCUGCUCUUCUCAUCUGGCUACCGAGCAAGGGGCUGAGGGAAGACUGCAGGAGUUUUGGUCUCCCUGGCCUUGGUGGGGAGCAGAACGGACAGGUAGUCACCAAAGGGAUCCCUGAGGUGAGGGCCAGUAUCACCUCAAUCCUCACCAUGUCAGUGGGCAAAACCAGGUCAGAAGGUGUGCCAAAGUAGGCUGGGUCUGGGCCAGUAGAUACUGGCCCUGUGCCCUCCUGCAGGAGGAAGGGAUGUCUAGGCAGUGCUUGAAGGACAGUGUGUGGUCUUGGACAUGCAGUUCUCUGCUCAGUCACCUCCCCAGCUUCUCCACCAGAUUCUGCCAACAAACCUGCCAUCUUGCCUCAGGACCCAGCUGCCUUCUGUCUUGGACCAAGCUGCAGUGAAGCUGUCAUGGUUCCUGCUGCAAGGCUUCUGUAGCUUGUUAUGGUUCAGUCAUAAGUUAUUUGUGUGACUUUUAACAACAAGGUUUGAGACCGAUUCUUCAUUUCAUAAAUUAAAGAUGAUCUUUUCUGUA